AUGAACAGGAAUUCAUGGACACCGCAUUCUUACCCUGUACAGGCACCUCCCGAGCAGUCUUUCCAUGCGCCUGUCAAGUUGCCGCCCAAGAAUUCUUUCUCGUCCUUCAAAACGACAGCUGAGACAGCUGAUAUGGAGGACUUUGAUCCAGACGCGCCAAUUCCUCCAAACCCACUUCCUCCAAAACCAGUUCCUCAACUUCCAAGGAACAUGCGCGCAGUAAGAGAUGGCAUCAACCACAAGUCGCAAGGCCGCACGAUCAUCAUUUGCCUGGACGGCACGGGCGACAAGUUCGACGGAGAUAACAGCAACAUUGUCCACUUCGUUAGCUGUCUGAAGAAAUCUUAUCCCAACCAGAUAACCUACUACCAAUCUGGAAUUGGGACAUAUAAUGGCGGUGGUCUCACCAAUGGAGUGAACGCUGCAUUUGAUAUGGCAGUCGGCUCUGGUCUCGGCGUGCACAUCCGGGAUGCCUAUAAGUUUCUGAUGCAGAAUUACCAGGAAAAUGACAAGAUCUGCCUGUUCGGUUUCUCGCGAGGCGCUUACACCGCGCGCUGUCUUGCGGGUAUGCUCCACAAAGUCGGCCUUCUUCCAGCGCACAACGUUUCGCAAGUCCAGUUCGCGUACGAAUACUACAAGGACGACACCGUGAAUGGCUGGAAAAUGAGUGCGGAUUUCAAGAGAACUUUCUGCAUGAACAUCAACGUGUACUUCAUCGGAGUCUUUGACAGCGUUGCCAGUGUCGGCUUUAUUCCCAGGACACUCCCCUUAAGCAGCACGCCAACGAACAAGUCAAGGUAUUUUCGACAUGCGAUGGCAUUGGACGAGCAUCGCGCGAAGUUCAAGGUCUGUCGCUUCCAGAGAAAAGACCACAUCGACAACGACGCGAAAUGGAAAACUGCUGCAGAGCUGCACGAAAGGCCAGACGCAUUGGUGAGGAGGUUCAGUCCCGGUCUUGGAUUGAACGAAAAGCCCGAGACCAAUGGCGUGAAUGGCGUCCUUCCGAACGAAAAGAAGGCCGCGCAUGAUGAUAUAGUCGCGGAAUCCAUGCAACAGGCGGAGAAGCGCCAAGAGCAGCAGUGGGAUACGGAUGUGCUGGAAGUCUGGUUUGCUGGCUGCCAUUGCGAUGUCGGCGGCGGUGCUGUGAAGAACGAGGAGCGGCACAGACUUGCCCAGAUUCCACUUCGUUGGAUGAUUCGACAGUGCUUCGAGUGCAACACCGAAAUUAUUUUCAAAGCCCAUGUGCUCGCGGAAGAAGGGAUAGAUGUUCAUACCCUGUAUCCCCAGUACCAGAGCUUGGAGAUACCUUCGGUAAGACCUCCUCCACACAUGAUGGACAAGUUCGAGAAGGGAGAGGUUCCAAGUAUUAAGAAGCGGUCGUCCGUUCUAGAACCUGUCAAGAAGGAAGAGCCGCACGGAUUCCAAAACAUCAAGCUGUGGCAAGACAGCGAACGACAGCUCCUAGCCGAGCAUUGGGUACCGGAACAGGUCGAGGAUUAUUUCGACGCUCUGACUUCGAUCAACGACCAACUCGCCACAGCAAAGGGCUGGUGGGUGCUAGAGGUAUGGCCUGUUGAAAUACGAUAUCAGCCCAAAGAUGCGGAUGACUGGCGCAAGAAGACCGGGAUGAAUUUGGGCAGAUUUCGAGCGGUGCAGGAGUACGCGCCCAAUCUGCACUGGACAGUGCAGGCUCGCCAGGAAGCCAAGGGUUACAAGAUCCGUACUCGGCUGGACAGGAAGUCCGAGUGGAAACUCGUUGUAUAG